AUGGUGACAACAAACGCGACUACAGGCGUUUGGAGCGCCGCCUGGGGGCCGUACCCCGGAGCUGCAGCUACCUCCGCUGAGGAGGCCCUGAGUCCGUCAGACGGCGGGACGUGGCAGGACUGGCAGGAGUGGUCCACGGGAAGUCCGCUGCCUGACGACUACGACUCCACCGUCAGUCCCGUAGAGCUUCUUGGUGGAAAGAGUCUUCCAACAUCGUCUGGAGUGAAAAUCCGCCAGGUCAACUACAUGGACGAGGAAAAAAUGGAACUGAGCUUGAUGAUGACCUUCAAGGUGGCCUGGAGUGACGUCCGCCUGCAGGGUUUGAGCAAAAGCUGGGUGCCCGUCCCGUCUCAUCUCUUAUGGCUGCCACCAUUUCGAUUCGGCAAAUCUGUCAUCGCAGCAAAAGAAGCCAGGUCGAGUGGGAGUACCCAGGCUGCAGCUGGCAGCAGCAAUGUGUCCACUCCGUCAGACGGUGGUCACUCCAGCUCCGUGUCCACUUGGCUGUCUCCGGACGGACAGGUCAGCCACAGUAUGGCGCGUGAACUCCGUGUGCAGUGUCCAGUGGAUCUCCACCGCUUCCCAGUGGACACCCAGGAGUGCUUGGUUGAACUGCAUGCAUAUGGAGGGACAGUGUUUGAGCUCUCUGUGACAGAAGAUGUACCGUCUCCGCUGUCUAUUGACCUGACGAAUGUCCAGUCACAGUAUGUGGUGACAGGAACACUCAUUAAAGCAAGUGUCAACUCCAUUCGGGGGCAAGAUUUGCCGUGUGAGUACUUUUCCCAAAAGUGUUCGACCAAACGUGACGCGGACCUGUGUGCAGCCAUGCGGUACUGUGACACGAGCGGCGGGCAGUGCCAGCAGUGUGCGGCGUACAUCGGCAACUGUCGGACGGUCCCGACCAACUGCUCUGCACCGUCAGACAGCUCGCCGAGAUCGUAUUCCACGUUGGAAGUGGGGAUUCAUCUCCAGCGACGUCUGCCCUACUUUAUCUUCCGGUUCUACAUCCCGACGACCAUCGCUGUGGUGGUGUCCUGGAUGGCGUUCUGGAUCCACCACACAGACUCAUCUCCCAGAGUCUUCAUGGGGACAGUCACGUAUCUGGUCAUGGAGAAAAGAGAAAGAUCAUUUUUCUUGUAUCCACUCCAACAGAUUUCAUACACACGAGCCAUCGAUGUGUGGUACCUCGGCUGCCUGGUGUUUGUUGUGCUCGCCAUGUUGGAGUUUCCCCUUGUUCAUGUUUUGGAGCGAACCAAGGGAAAGGGAAACAAGGCAAAAGACUGCCCGAAGGAUCCUCCGGUAAAAAUCCCCCGUGCGCGGCAGAUAGGUGCAAGUGCAACCGAGGUUCCGUCCCCGUCACCCGCGGCACCCAGCAAACCAUGUCUGUACAAGAAGCCAGCCGUGCUAGAUUCAUGGGCCAGGAUCGUGUUUCCAACAGCCUUUGCCAUCUUCUUUGUGACUUACUGGAUGGUGUUAUUGAUCACCUAAAAAGAUAUUAGUUCAAGAGGCACAAUAGAAAAGUGCCUUGUGUGUCCUAGUUGGAUUAUAGGCAUAUAGUCAAGU